CUCCAUCAAAUACAUCCCUUCUGCAGAAAAGCGAGUCUCCUAUUUUCCAUCUCUCCAUGUCUACAGAAAACCCCUUGAAAAUGAAAAUUCUAGAAUUUCAAAACCCUAGAUCUGCAAUUUUCUCAUCCAGAAUUCUCAGAUCUUAAAAUCUCUAGUUCUCCAUUUUCCAAAAAAUUGAGAAAUGGAUUCCUCUUCAAAUCCAAUUUCAAGAUUCCUUUCACCACAGAAAUCCCAAUUACAGAGAGCAGACAGCAUGCUGUUGUAGUUUUGUUUUUUUUAUCAGGAUUGAAUUCGAUCUCAAUUUCAAUAUGGAAAGAUCGGUGAGAAUUUCGAUCGUCCUCGGCCUAGUUUCGGCAUUCCUUCUUCUCCUUCUCUUCAUUGUCUUGUUCGUCUACUUUCGCCGUAGGAAGGCUGUGGGGAAAGAAUCUGGGGAGCUUUGGAGGUUCCGGCAUUCGGAAGAAUCAGAGACGGAGGAUCUGAUCGCUUUCCCGGGUGGCGAGAAUCUAACAAUUCACGACAUUUUGGAUGCGCCAGGGGAAGUUGUGGGGAAAUCGAGCUACGGGACGCUGUAUAAGGCCAGCUUGCAGAGGAGCGGCUCUGUGGUAUUGCUCCGGUUCCUGAGGCCUACGUGCACGGGGCGGAUGAAGGAGAUCUUGCCGUCAAUUCAGAUGCUGGGGUUUGUCAGGCACCCGAAUUUGGUCCCGAUGCAGGCGUUCUAUUCCGGAGCUAGAGGGGAGAAGCUCCUCGUGUAUCCGUUCUUCGAACGUGGCACUCUGUCACGGUUCCUUGGGGAUGGGAGCAGCGAAUCGCACAGAUGGCCCAUCAUUUAUUGCAUAUCACUUGGUAUUGCCAACGGCCUGGAUCAUCUUCAUACUGGAUUGCAGAAACCCAUAAUCCAUGGAAAUCUUAAGUCGAAAAACAUCUUACUCAAUUCAAAUUACCAGCCUUACUUAUCAGAUUUUGGUCUACGUCUUCUCUUGAACCCGACCACAGGGCAAGAAAUACUUGAAGCCUCAGCACUUGAGGGGUACAAAGCUCCAGAGCUGAUCAAGAUGAAAGAUGCGAGCAAAGAGAGCGACAUUUACAGCUUGGGGGUCAUUUUACUUGAAAUACUGACUGGGAAAGAAUCCGUUCAUGCUUAUUCAUCAUCUCCAUUGGAUCAACUGCCAAACUUAAUGAGAAAUGCGAUUCUCCAUCAUAGGGUCACAGACAUGUUUAAUCCUCAGCUUCUCAGCCGAAGUGAUGGUGGAAAAUCGAUUACCGGAGAAGGCCUGCUUAUGUAUUUUCAGUUGGCCAUGAGCUGUUGUUCCCCUUCCCCAGCCUUGCGACCGGAUACCAAGCAAAUCAUCAGAAAACUUGAAGAAAUUGGGCAGUGAAAAUUCUGGGUUUUUUAGUGGAUGGGUGGCAAAUGCGGUGGCUGCACCGGUGGUGAUCAUGAUGGAUGGUUCAAUGGAAAAUGACAUUUCCAUAAUUUAAUGUCCACGAGAAUGACGGUCCACCAGUGCCACAUAAUGAUUGUUCUGGGCGAUUGAAGGUUUAUUUAUGCAUAUGAAAGCGACAUCUGUGGUUAACUUGAGGAAGAUGGUGGAUUUGGAUGAUAUGGUGGAUGUGGGCAGUCUGGGAUUUUGUCUAUUGCUGAGCAACCCGCACCGCAGAUCAUGGAUUUGAGUGGGGCCCACUUGGACAUCUUGCCAAUUAUAAUCAAGUAAUUGACAUGUGCAGUGAAGAAACUGUUGCAGUCGGAAACAAAACCAACAUCCCGAUGGGGAAUUUGUCGGGAUGGAUUAGGAAGAGCAACAAGUAGAUCCUUAACAUGACUUCAUUUUUCCCAUAAACGGUGGGAAAUUUGUAAUCACUGAAGGAACCAUGAUUAUACAUGUUUUUUCUUUUAAUCAUUUACAUCUGCUUUCAUUUC